ACAGAAAAUUGUUAAUUAAAGGAAAGCAAAAAAAAAAAAAGCAUCCUUUCCAAGAAUACGAACACACACGGAAGAUCAAGGAGGUCACGGAAAAGCAAAAGACAGAGAGAAGGAAAGGGAAGGAAAACGGUGUCAAUGGAGGAUUUGGAAAAGCGAGAGAAGGGCGGGGUAGGUGGAGGAGGGCAGGAGGAGGAGGAGCUGAUUGAGGGGAUGGCGGUUUUGGAUUUCGAUAUGUUGUGUUCGACUGUGGCGUUGCAGACGCAAGGAAAGUGGACGAGACUGGAGAGCGUCGAUGCGGGAGAUGAUGAGAAAGGAGGAGAUUUAGGUGGGGUUUUGAGGAUGUGGGAAGGUGAGGUUCUUGAUUGUUGCGAGGACCGUCGUAUCGCUAUUGAAUCCGCUUGUUGCCCAUGGUACAGAUUUGGGAAAAACAUGAGACGGGCCGGUUUUGGUCCUUGUUUUAUUCAGGGAAUCGUUUAUUUCAUCCUCGUUGUUACUGCUCUUGUCAAUUUCAUUGCCUAUAUUGUCACCAAGCGCCAUUGCUUUCUGUAUUUUGCACUUGCUUUCACCAUUUCAGUGGGAAUAUAUUUGGGUUUCUUCCGCGCACAAAUAAGAAGGAAAUUUAAUAUAAGGGGCAAUGAUAGUUUCUUGGACGACUGCAUCUACCAUCUUAUCUGUCCCAUGUGCGCAUUAUGCCAGGAGUCCAGAACUCUGGAAAUGAACAAUGUCCAGGAUGGAACUUGGCAUGGUCGAGGGGAUACACUAUGCAUCGGUGGCUAUAGUGAAGGGAACAAAAACUUUCUCGAGCUACACCCGCCUCCUCUUGUCUCAAUCACAACUCCUGUUCCGUCUGAUGCGCAAAAGAAUUGAAACAGUAGGGAUCCACCUUGAUAUCAAGAGCCGGACUUACCCUUCAAGUAAUUUAUCCACUGAAAGGAUGGAUUCAGUCUCCAACAGAUUUGAAGUUAAUUGCAGUUUUUACGCUGCCAACGGAGUGUAUCCUGCCUGGAUGGCUGGACGUGAACUGCGGACGAGAUACCAAUUUCUAACCCUUUGAAUUUGGGAAGAUAUUGGUGAUUCUUGAUAAGAGAGAAACUGUAUUCCAUGAUGUUAUUUGAUUCUUGACAGUGGAACUGGAGAUUUCCAACUACACGUUUACCAAUCACGAAGCUGCUUCCUGUAUCUGCAGUAUUUUGACUAGACUCUUUCACGGGCCUCACCAGUCAACUUUCCUAUUCUCUUCAAGCUUCAAGUCCGCUAAAUUGAUUCCUGCAUCUUUGGAACCGAAUGUGUAUUCUGACAAGUUUGGUCUGUUUGUGUAGGAUCUUGACAAAAGAAAUUAAAGGGUUUGAAAAACAUAAUCAUUUACCUGUCUAUUUUCCCCUUUAAAAAUCUUUUUGUUAUUGUUCAACUAGUGAAUCUUGCAGUCAGGUUCAA